AUGACUUCGCCACCCUGAGAAAAAAACAUUUGUCUGCUGCUUGCACUCUUAUCUGGCAACACACACAACACGGAACCUACUGCUGUCGUCACUGAGGUCAGGUAGACGGAGCGAAGAUGGCGACCGCCUACGAGAGAUAUAAUUUGCACACAACCCCAGAGAAAUUCUUCAUUGAGGCCUGCGAUGAGGGGGCUGAUGCUGUGCUGGCAAUCGACAGGGUCUCCAAUGAGAUGACCCUCACAGGUAAAAAAGAUGUUCCUCCCUCAGCAGUCACCAGGCCUAUAUGUGGCAUCAUGGGAACCAUUCGCCUGGUAGCAGGGAUGUACCUGAUCGUCAUAACUAGGAAGAGGAACGUGGGCAGCCUCCUUGGCCACGCAGUGUGGAAGGCUGUGGAUUUUGACGUGAUCUCUUAUAAGAAGACAGUGCUGCAUCUCUCAGAGAUUCAGUCUCAGGAAAAUAAGACUUUCCUGUCCAUGCUUAACAAUGUGCUGACUACAGAUGGCUUCUACUUUUGCACUGACUUCGACUUGACACACACUCUUCAACGGCUGGCCAACACUAGCCCUGACUUCCAGGAGAUGAGUCUGCUGGAGAGGGCAGAUCAGAGGUUUGUGUGGAAUGGGAACCUCCUGAGAGAACUGGCUGCGCAGCCAGAGCUUCAUAAGUUUGCGCUUCCUGUUGUCCAUGGAUUCAUCGUUAUGAAGCCAUGUCGUAUAAACGGGAAGAUCUUUGAGUGGAUCCUCAUAUCCAGGAGAAGCUGUUUCCGGGCUGGCGUCAGAUACUACGUUAGAGGUAUCGACUCUGAAGGCCAUGCUGCUAACUUUGUGGAGACUGAGCAGAUAGUUUUGUACGAGGGAGCAAAGGCUUCAUUUGUACAGACACGAGGCUCCAUGCCUUUUUACUGGAGUCAGAGGCCCAACCUCAAAUACAAACCUAAACCUAUAAUCAGCAAAACCACCAAUCACAUGGAUGGUUUCCAGAGGCAUUUUGAUUCUCAGCUCCUCAUCUAUGGGAAGCAGAGUAUUCUAAACCUGGUGAAUCAGAAGGGCUCUGAGAAGCCACUAGAGCAGGCCUUUGCCAAGAUGGUGUCAGGCAUGAACAAUGGUAUGCUCAAUUACAUAGCCUUUGACUUCCACAAAGAGUGCAGCCACAUGAGAUGGGACCGUCUCCAGAUCUUGGUGGAUUCUGUUGCUGAGACACAAGAUGAAUACAGUUACUUCAUGGUGAACUCAGAGGAGAAGACAGUGGCACAGCAGAGAGGAGUCUUCCGCAGUAACUGCAUGGACUGCCUGGACAGGACCAACGUGAUCCAGAGCCUCUUGGCCCGACGCUCCCUACAGUCUCAGCUUCAGAGGAUGGGCGUUCUGAAUGUGGGUCAGAGGAUCGAGGAGCAGGCUGAGUUUGAAAAGAUCUACAAGAAUGCAUGGGCUGACAAUGCCAAUGCAUGCGCUGUACAGUAUGCAGGAACUGGAGCUUUGAAAACAGACUUCACAAGGACGGGGAAGAGGACCAGGUGGGGGCUGCUGAUGGAUGGUUGGAACUCCAUGAUACGCUACUACAAAAACAACUUCUCUGAUGGAUUCAGACAGGAUUCCAUUGAUCUGUUUCUGGGUAACUUUGCGGUCGAUGAGUCUGAUGGACCCACUCCUCUUCGUGUGCAGAAGGACUGGAAGUUCCUCACGCUGCCCAUCAUUAUGCUAGUGGCAUUUUCCAUGUGCAUCGUCUGUCUUCUCAUGGCUGGUGACACGUGGACCGAGACCCUGGCUUAUGUGAUGUUCUGGGGGGCCGCUAGUGCUAUUACAGCCACUAUCAUCCUGUUUAACGGCCAAGACUUUGUGGAUGCCCCCAAACUGGUUCACAAGGAGAAGAUGGACUGAGGGAGGGGGGGGAGAGUUGAGCAUACCUUGUUAUAUUGACUGAUCUCCUGCAUCCGUAUUGCUCUCUAGACAUUCUCAUCCAACACUGUUUAUCUGUCAUUUGUCUUCAACCUGUUUUACCUUAUCCUGUUGUACUGCACAUUUGCUUUCUUUCUUUACUGUAUCUUUAAGUUGACUUUUGCUCGUUUGUCAGUGUUGUGUUCCACCAAAAACGUUGUUUCUAUACAAUAACACUACUGCUCAUUUUCUCCUUCACUUACCAUUCUUAAAGGACAAGUGUGUAGGAUUUAGUGGCAUCUAGCAGUGUAGCACUUACCUCACACUCCAGUGUAGGAGAAUCUAUGGUGGCAGCAAAACUGCAAAAAAAAAAAAAAAAAUGCUAAGACCCUUUCUACAGCAAGUGUUUUAUUUGUGUGUUCUGGGCUACUGGAGGACCCACUCCCUCUGUAGAUAAAACCAGUCUAUUCUAAGGAAACGAAAACACAACAAUUCUUAUUUUCAAGUGAUUAUACACUAAAGAAAAUAUACCUAUUUUUGACAAUAAGUCCUCCUAAGUGUUACACAUAGGACCUUUUAAAAAUUGAAAUCUGUAAAAAUGUAAGAAAACAUUUUUCUAUUGAAUUCCAUCACACACCUUUUAGUUAAAGGCCCUGCACAUUCACACAGUUGUUUUCAGUUACUCUGGCUGAUCAGACCUCCUGUCAGGUUGAUGUUGUUUGGAGCUAUGCUGGAAAUGACAUGAUGUCACCAAACUCUGCAUACUAAUAAAAUGUAUAAUAAUAACAA